UCAUUUACAGAUACGGAGAUCCUAUUUCCGUUCCUUGUCGUGAAAGUGGUGACAAGGACGACUGAGUAGCGCGGCCUUAGGAUGACUUGGUACGACCUGUCCUCGUUCGUUGACCACCGGGAGCACCUCCUGGAGGAAGCCUUCGGGGCGCUCUCUCCCGACGAACUGAACAUCCUCACCCCACUCGAGUUGCAGCACAUCCCACUGGAAGAGCUCAAGAAACUUUGCAUGCAGCAACUCCAAACGAUGCCCCGUGCACGACUUCUGGCGGUUCUGCAAGAUCCGCUCAUCAAACUGUGGACAUCAAACUCAAGUGACAACACCGGACCUUAUCCAUCGAGUGAACACCGUCUUCAAGGCAUCGUGUCUGAGAGGGUGCAGAAAAACAGCAGCAUCGAACAGGAGUACCGCGACAUCUCAAGCAUGUGCACAGCUGCCCAGAUGGAGAUUCUGGAGCUGGAGCUCCGAGCCCGUGCCAUCCGCUCGCUCAUGUCCGCCAAGGCGCGCGACGCGACCGCUAAGACGACUGCAGCGCCCUCUUCGAAUUCCAGUGGCGGAUAUGGGCAGCACUGAGCCUGCGCCAUUGGAAUUUGCCGGGCCGUUAAUCUCGACAGUUUUGGAGAUUGAGAUUUAUCGUGCCAGAAUCGUCUCAAUCGCCUCUUCCUAACCGGACCUUAGGCAGAUACACUAAGCCCUGUAUUCUAGAACACUCCUCCACUUGACACUUCACCCUGACUAAACGAAGUCGAUGGCAGCGCCACCUAUUGAUGGAGCUGGUCACUACGCUUCACGAAUGCACCACGGUAAUUCAUGAGGAGUGUAUAGAUUGUGGCACGUCUGACAGGUGGGCGAGUUAAAACCUAUGCAUUGUUGGGUACGGCACGAUCGCCUCAUAACUCUCCUCUGGGUCCCUGCGCAUAGUGGGCACUCAAGCAACACGGCCGCUCACACCCGAGUCCUAGCACUCCUCAAUGAGGCCCAAAGUUACCUGCCUUCGCUUUGUGGUGUCAGGGAUCGACUCCUCAGCUGCCACGAUAUAACACUGUUUUACCGUGAUUCCUCCUUAACGUCUCGCAUCACACAGAUCUCUUUUCAGAAACGAUCAGGUUUUGUGGCGUAGACUUCAAACGGCCACAUCAUGACUCCUUUCUUUCUCUUUCUUACAACGCAUGGCACAACCUCUUCUCACUCACACUUGUUUCCUAGCACCAGAGCGGCUUCAAUUGCGUCAUUGUGAAUUAGCUCAGCGAGCCCAAGCUCCCGUGGCAAGGUUCAGAACACCAAGAGCGAUGGGGGCGGCUGCUCUGCGCAGCUCGCAACCGGAGUUCUAGUUUUAGACAGUGUGCUGGACCGGAGGGGUCGCCGAAGAACAUAAGUAUCCGGCCACCAAGAGCGGCCCGAGGGUCCAUCAUCGUCCUGCUUCCACUUCUCCCCACACCCCUCUCGCAUGAUUUUUUUAUGAAUUAAUAGAGUUAUGUUACCUACCUACAAACAAAUGGAACACGACGGAAAAAAAAAGGUCGGCGCUUCUAUCGUCCUCUUCCUUUCAGUAUUGUCCAUUUGUACGCAACCCAAAAAUAGAGCGCUUAGAUUACACUUACGUCACCUUGGUGGUCGUGUUGGAGGACCAUAAUUGUCAGAAACUUGCAGCUGUUGUAAUCAGGCGCAUCGUUUGUACUGUAAGUUUACACACACACACACACACACACGCACGCGCGCGCGCACGCACGCACGCACGCACGCACGCACGCACGCCAGAGGCGUCCCUAUUGCGUCUCGGUGACAUUGCGUUGGUCGUGGCACUGACAUCCUUUAGCCACCAUGUUGGAGCACUGGUAUGGUUGUACGUGCAAGGCAUCUACGGCAUUUUUCUUUAGCCAAGAAGCAGUGCUGUGCUCUACUCGUUGAAGGAAGGGGACGAAUUCAGUUUAGGUUUGUUUGAGAAUACCGGGGCAAUAAAUCUCUUUCAAUUAUAAAGAACUCCUUCACAACAGGUUGACGUCGCGACUUUUAGGGGGUAUUUUAUCCUAAUGUGUUUCUUGCUCCAUUUCAGCCGUUUUCGAUAAGUGGGCAUGGUGUCUCACGCUGUGGCAAAAAAUAUGUGUGAACCUUGAACUCAGUGCUGUCUAAGUCACGCAACUUCUACUUCUGUAUCUGCUUGCACAUGAAAACACACGCUAGCGCUGCUCAUUUAGGGGUAGUUACCGGUUUCCGGUGUUACCUUUGCAGCGAGCCUUGCGUGCUAUUUCGUUGUAAACGUCGUUUGUUGCCACGUAUCGCGUGAAUGCUGUGUAUAUGUUUGACGUCGUUCUUCGAAGGUUGCACGUUCGGUUUCUGCUCACGGCAGGAACCGAACCCACUUUUAUUUCUUCACAUUUACAUUACAAUUGGGUCUAAUGACUUCCCCUAUACAUUCCUUGGAAUUAUUUGUCUGUUAAUUAUCAUUAAUAUUCUGUCAAAACACGGAAAAAUGAGCCCUUAAGUAUUCACUUCUUUCGUCAACACUCUUUACCUUAUGGCAUGCCGGUGCUGGAAGUUUGUAGUUUCAAAAGUGAUCCUAGCUGGACUUUUAAGAAAUAAUCUGUAUGUUCUUACAGUUGUGGCGCGUCCUCGCAUUGUGUCUUACCUGUAUUAGGCCUGAGGGCAAUCUUCUAAAUAAAAAGCACGCAUACACGA